UAACAUGAGCGGACACGGUGUGAAGUUGUACAUUAACGAGUUCUCUAAAUGCGAGACUGAUGCCAGACUUGACGGCAAGGUGGCUCUGGUGACUGGGGCUACGUCCGGCAUAGGCCUCGAGACCGCCAAGAACUUGGCCAAACGAGGCGCCAAGGUCAUCAUCGCAAGUCGCAAUCCCGCAAAGCUGGCCAAAGCCAAGGAUGACAUAAUCCAGUACGGAGGACAUACCAACGUUUUCACAAGGCAAGUCGACUUUGAGUCUUUGACAUCUAUUCGAGGAUUUGCCCAGGAAACUGUUGCCAUUGAACCACGAUUGGAUAUUUUGAUGAAUAACAUUGGAGCUGUGGGUAUACGAGACGGAUUAACUGAAGACGGUCUUCAUACUAUGAUGCAAGUCAAUUACUUUGGUGGUUUCCUAUUGACUUUCCUGCUGUUCCCGUUGCUAAAAGCAUCCGCACCGAGUCGAGUCAUCAACGUCUCGUCUAUCGCUGUUAUUCUUGGACAAAUUGACUUUGACCAUUGGAAUGAUGUUGGUCAAUACGCCAGCUUUGGUUUCUAUAGCAACGCGAAGUUGGCCCAGCUUUUGUCUACUGUGGAAAUGAACAAGAGGAUCGAGGGCAGCGGCGUCAGUAUUUACACGUUCGAUCCUGGAAUGACUAGAACAUCUAUCGCCCGAUAUUUCGAAAGCAAUUUCGUGAAACAAUUUUUAAAAAUUUUUGGACGACGUACGGAUGCUGUUGUGAAGUUGCCAGUAUUCUUGGCCGCCGAUCCGAGCGUCGCCGACAAAAGCGGCAAACACUUUAGAGACUGUAAGGAAUUCUACAGUAGUUGGUAUGUUAACGAUACGGCGCUGACGAAAAAACUUUGGGAAGUAUCUAGAGGACUCGUUGGAAUUAAGAAAGAAGAAGAUUGGGAAAUGAAAUUACAGAUUUAGUUUCCCAAUCAGGUUAAAUUAAAGAAUAAUGUAAAAGGUUUUUGUGUAAGUGAUGUGAUUUGGGUGUAAUUUUGCAUUGGGUCGUUCAAUUCGUAAUCUACCUAGGAGUAUCAUGGGUCUAUAGUCAAUCUGAUUUAAUUUAUUGAAUUUUACAACAAAUUUUUAGGCUGACGGAGCUAAGAAUAAUGUAAUUUUGUUUAUCUGUGAUAUUUUAUACUUGUACCUGUAAAUAGUACCAACUAUUUUAAAUUUAAUGUAAAACUUAAUAAUUCUUUAUGAUGUUUAUAUCAGGUUUUUAUGAAAUAGUUCUUUUCUGAAGAGUAUACGCAAAUUGGCCAAUAUAUGUUAAAAUUUCUGACAUAAUGAUUGAAUGACAAGGUCAGAUUUAUGCAACAAGACAUUGGCCUAAAAUGGGCCUACUAUUUUACAUUACCAGUUUUGAAGGUCACACAAGAACAGAAAAUUAAUAUUAUAACUUGCAAGGUUUGUUAAAUCUAGGCCUACGGCUACGCAUUGCUAAAGACUACGCAUUUGUAAUUGCGGAUGUGUAUGGGUAGAGAUCGCCUUACUAUUUCGGCGAAUUCCGGUGAGCGCUGGUCCGUUUUCCACCUUAUGAUAUAAAAAAGAUUAGAAUUGUUUAUUACCUGACUCGAGCUAAGGUAUUUAAUUUUUUGUUAAAAUGUACCUUUUCGAUAAAAAGGGCAAUAAACUCAUUUUUGGGGCCUUUGACCUUGAAUAUUUUUAUUCCAAGUUCAAG